AUGGAGUCUCCACUUAAUCCGGCUAUUUUUAGAUACCUUUUUAACGUGGCGGUAGGAGGCCUCUCAGUUGCUUCAUUUUUUUCAGUUUACCACCAGAUGUACGAUAUGCAGUCUUCUAUGAGUACAUUCUUCAAGAGACUAGACGCUGAGAAGAAUGAGGAGGGUAAGGUAGCCAUCCUACAUGAAAUCCUAGGCCGCCUGCAGUCGGACGCGAUCAAGAAGGAAUUCUCAUCCCGCCUCUCGACAUCCAAGCAUGGUUCGUCACUUGUAAAGUUGGUGAAGCUUGCCAAGGAUGAAUCUAACGCGGAGUCGGUGAGUAUUUCACUCAAGGUGUUGGUGCGUGUCUUCAGCGCUGAUGCAGAGGGCCGUCAAGCAUUGUAUAGGCUCAACGCCUACAAAGUGUUACUCAGUUCCCUGAGUGAAGCGCAUCGCCAGGGAAAUCAAAAUCUCAUGGAAGAGAUUGCGGACGCGCUAAAGAACCUUACACGCGUGGACGAUGAGAUGGUGGUGCUUGACACGGAUGUCCCAAAAGGCUCUGAAGGUGCUUAUGCCUUGGCAAAAAUGCCAGCCACCGUGAAGAUGCUCCGAAUUAUCGACAUCGAAAGCCCCAUUCUCUUUCUCAGUGCCCUCACUGGCAUUUUCGCAAACAUCUGUACACUAAACAUCGGUGCGGUUAAUGUGGGGAAGGGGACGGAUGGCUACAGUGGCAUUUCUUUCUUCUUCCGUCUGCUCGAACACAAUAAUCAUAGUAUCAUCGAGAACUGCGUCAAGGCCAUUAACUACAUGACACGUGCGGAGGUGGGGCUAGAAGAAGCCUCCACAAAGGAAAACAUUGAGCGGCUUGCGGAUAUUCUUCGUGUAAACAUGGAAUCCACAAUCAUUAACCAUAUUCUCACGACCAUCCUCACUAUGACUGGUUCUCGUAAGUACAGAGAACCAUUUCUCACUCAUUUUAUCUCUAGUGUUAUUCCGCAACGGCUUUUUGAGCUUUGGACGCGGUCGCCUGAAAAGUCGAUCCGCAACCGAGCUGAGAUGUUGUGCCGCCUGCUCUCUCAUAUUCCGCUGAGUGCGUCCAAGAUAUCGGCGUUGCUUGACCGCUACCGGAUCGAGAUCGCUGAUCGCCGCCAUAAAGAUGAACAAGAACACCAGCAAAAGAUGCAGCAGAUGCAACAGAACCAGUUUAUGCAGCGAAUGAUGAUGGAACAGAUGGGCAUCGAUCCCUUUUCAAUGGGUUAG